CGCGUGUGUCAGCCAGCGUGGACGCUUCGCCUCCAACUGCUUCCCCGCUGCUUUGGCCUGCGGCAGUUGUGCGCCGUGUGUAUACACCCAUGGCGCAGAACGGCUCCCGCCCUGCCCGUGUUGACCCACACUCCCAAGAGAGGCCGAGUGAGCUUUAAGAGGGAGUCGUCGGCUGUUUGUGCUCAGGACAGGAGGCGGUGACCCAGGCCCUCCAGGGGCAAGCGGUGGGCAGCACAGCAGGGCUGUGUCCCUGUCACCGUCAGGCUCCAUGGAGUGGCACAGAUCCCUGGGGUGUGGAGCCCAGCGGAGGGCGGGCGUGGCACCGUGGGGAAGCCACCAGCUUGAGACGCCCACAUCCCAUGUCAGGCGCAGGUCCCAGCCUCCUGCUCACCCACAGCCUCGGACACAGCAGGUGAACGGUCAGAGAGCUGGGCCCUGCCACCCACGUGGAGCCCCGGAUGGAGCGCCGAGCUCCUGGCUGUGGAGUGUGAACCAGUGCGUGGAAGACCUCUCCCUCCCUCUCUGCCUCUCAGAUAAUUUUGAUGUCCAAAACCGGAAAUAACCUGAACGUCCACCUAUGGGAGAAGUAAUGAGCACCACUCGGUGCACCUGCCGACGUGACGGUGUGCGGCUGGGGCGACCGUCUGUCUGCGGUCCAAUGCCACCGUGCUGUGCUGAGGCAGCAGGCACCCCUGGGCGUGUCCCCGGCUUCAGGGAGCAGCUGCCCUAGGGAGAAGGAAGUCGGUCUCCUCGUGGGCCGUGGGGCAUGCUGGCUAGUCCGUCCCCACACUCGUGCCGUCUCGGUGGCGUCCCAGGCCGCAUACCGCAGGGCCAUCCUCGGGAGCAGGGACUUUGCCCUGUCUGUUUGCCUGUGCAGCUCCCGGGGCUCACAGCGGGCUGUCCACUCACUGUUUACCCUGCCCUGCCCCAGCUAAGGUCGCCUGUCCCCACGCCCCCACCCCUGGGCCAGACCAGACGUCAUCCACCGAGUGCAAAGGCCAGGGUUGGAAUUUAACCCCUAGGCUGGGGACGGUGGGUGAGCUUCUGCGCCAAGCCCCUGCACAGCUGUUGCGACCACCGUGAGAGUGGACGGCAGGUCUGGGGCCACGCGGGACGAUGCUGAGGGCCAGGCUGCUGGGCAGGGUUCUCUCGUCAAAGCAGAUGCCGGCGCCACUCUGGGGACAGCGGCCGGGGCCAGCGUGGUGGAGCUCACGGCACCCCUGUGCUCACGGGGGCAGGAACGGCGCUUUGCACCCUCUCUGGACGGGCCUGGGCCCUCGGCCGGGGGGCACCCGGCAGUCUCCCAUCGACAUCCAGUGGAGGGACAGCGUCUACGACCCCCACCUGGAGCCGCUCAGGGUCUCCUACGACGCAGCGUCCUGCCGCUAUAUGUGGAACACCGGCUACCUCUUCCAGGUGGAGUUUGACGACGACGCUGGCGACUCGGGAGUCAGUGGCGGGCCCUUGGAAAACCACUACCGGCUGAAGCAGUUCCACUUCCACUGGGGAGCCACAAACGCGUGGGGCUCUGAGCACACGGUGAACGGCCACGUGUACCCUGCCGAGCUGCACCUGGUUCACUGGAAUUCUGCAAGAUACCAGAGCUACCAGGAGGCGGUCGUGGGAGAGAAGGGGCUGGCGGUGGUCAGCGUGUUUCUCAAGCUGGGGGCGCGGCACCAGGCCCUGCAGCAGCUGGUGGAGGUCUUGCCGGAAGUCAAGCACAAGGACAUGCGGGCGGCUGUUGGCCCCUUCGACCCCUCCUGUCUCCUGCCCGCCUGCCGGGACUACUGGACUUACGGGGGCUCCCUCACCACCCCGCCGCUGGCUGAGUCGGUCACCUGGCUCGUCCACAAAGAGCCCAUCGAGGUGGCCCAGGAGCAGCUGUCGGCGUUCCGCACACUCGUGUUCUCUGUGCCCGGGGGAGAAGAGAAGAUGAUGGCCAACAACUUCCGCCCGCUUCAGCCCCUGAUGGGCCGGAAGCUCCGCGCGUCCUUCCAAGUCCCCGGAGGGGGUGACUGCCAGUCACCGUGCCCCCGUGGGUAGGUGGCGCCACGUCCCGUUUCGCAACCGGGUCAUGUGUGACUUCUGAGAUAAAAAGAGAACAGGA